AUGUGCUCUUCCACAAGAACAAGAAAUUCUAUUUACAAUGCACACUGUUUUUUUCUUAUCGUUGAAAUCACACAGGCGGCUAAGAAUAGUCGACUUUGGGAAGUACCAUUGACUACUACUGAUGACAAUGAUCCACAACUUGCUGGUCUUACUGGCCGCAUCAAAGUGGAAAUCGAUGGUCGAGGGUGGCAACGAAUGGCUACAUUGAUGCUCAAAGUGGGUCAUUUCAAUCAAGCUGAGGAACUCUACAAUGAAUUACUCGAGAAUGCUUCCAAUGAUAGAGAUAGGGCGCAUAUCUAUCACAUACUUGCAAUGAUGAAAACAGCACAGGGGAAAUAUCCAGAAGCAAUUAAAUUCUACGAAGAGUCACUUGAAAUCCAUCGGAAAACUCUUCGUGAAGGUGAUAUUUCAUUGGCCAAUACUUAUAACAAUAUUGGUGUUGUGUAUAACAACAUGGAUGAAUACUCGAAAGCACUUGAAUUUUACGAAAAAUCACAUAAAAUACAAGCAAUAUCUCUGCCGAAGAAUCAUCCAGAUUUAGCUUUUCCAUAUAAUUGGCUAGGUAGAAUUUAUCGCAGCAUGAAAGAGUACUCAAAAGCACUAAGUUAUUUUCAAAAGAGUAUUUCAAUUCGAGAACAAGCACUGCCAGAAAAACAUCCUAACCGGGCUGUUACGUAUAGUGAUAUUGGUGAUGUUCAUCGAUUAAUGGGUGAUCAUGAAAAAGCACUGGGAUUUCAUAAGAAAGCGUUAAAUAUUCAAGAGAAUGUUAAAUGUAAUCCUCUCGAAUGUGCAACAACAUAUAUGAAUUUAGGUGAACCUUAUCGUGAAAUGAAAGAUUAUACAACAGCAUUAACAUAUUAUCAAAAAGGAUUAAAAAUAUGUGAAGACAAACUGGCGAAAAGUCGUCCUGAUUCAGCUAUAAUAUAUCAUAAUACGUCGAAAUUAUAUUUCUCAACUCAAAAAUAUAGUACGGUAAUGAAAUAUGUGCUACAAGCAGUUGAAAUUGGACAAUAG